UGUAAAAACGACUCUAUGUGACAUUAUGCAGGUAAAACUGAAGGAAGUCGAGAGUUGGACAAAAAAUAACGGGCUAGGGGUAAACCCAAGCAAGACAGAACUUGUACUGUUCACAAGAAGGUACAAAAUCCCCCCAUUGAUAACACCAAGGCUGGCACAGACCACACUAAAAUUAAGCGAGUCCGCUAAAUACCUGGGGAUAGUCCUAGAUAGAAAAUUAAGCUGGAUUCAAAACACCGAAGAGCGGGUGCGGAAGGCCACGGUUGCCCUAUACAGCUGCAGGAGAGCAAUCGGCCAAAAAUGGGGUUUAACCCCGAAGCUAGUGCACUGGAUAUACACCGUCGUGGUGAGGCCCAUACUUCUGUACGGGGUAGUGGUAUGGUGGCCAGUGCUGGAGAAGAAAGUAAACAUUAUUAAAUUACAAAAAGUGGAGAGAACGGCCCUGAUCUGCAUUAGUGGUGCUCUCCGCACAACACCUACUAUGGCAAUGAACACGAUCCUCAACAUCAUACCCAUAGAUAUUAUGGGACGACAAUACGCUGCGUUUGCAGCCCUAAGACUACAGGGGCUUAAAAGCUGGAAAGUGGCUCGCUGUGGUCACACUACAAUUCUGAGAAACCGACAACUACCGAGUACAAAGGACUACUGUGUACCAAGGCUCACUUUCACUAAAGGUUAUAGCGUAACGCUAACUAGCAGGGAAUCAUGGCUCGAAGGAGCUCCGGGGUCUAGAGAUGCCAUAAGAUUCUACACGGACGGCUCCAAACUAGGAAAUAGGGUAGGAGGAGGCGUCUACUCGGAGGAAUUGGGAAUAAAAAGAUCAUUCCGACUACCUGACCACUGUAGUGUCUUUCAAGCCGAAUUGGCAGCCAUACAAGAAGCCGUUGACAGCCUAAAACUAGCUGUUAUCGCCACUACGGAAAUAUAUAUAUACUCAGACAGUCAGGCGGCCCUUAUGGCGCUUGACUCUGUCACUAUAAAUUCGGAAACAGUUGCCAACUGCCGCAAAUCACUUAACGUGAUGGCAGAGCAGUUCGCUUUGCACCUGGUAUGGGUACCGGGGCACAGUGACAUACCAGGAAAUGAGAAGGCAGACGAGCUUGCAAGGGCGGGUACUUCCUCUCCACUUUCACCAGCCUGGAAGAGGGUGGGUAUGCCACUCGCUUCCUGCAAGCUCUUACUAAGGGAGAACUUCCUUGAAGAAGCGGCCUCCAGAUGGGAGCGCACUGAAAACUGUAAUACAACGAAGCUUACAUGGCCAAAAUGGGAUGUACGGAGAUCGAGAGAAAUUCUCACUCUCAACAAAGGCGAUAUGUCACUGGCCAUUGGUCUGCUCACAGGACAUAUUUUGAUAGGAAGGCACGCAGAACGCCUCGGGGUUAGUCACAACGACUACUGCAGGAGCUGCCACGACGAAGAAGAGCCUGAAUCAAUAAGGCACUUACUCUGCGAUUGCCCAGCACUGGGCAGGAAAAGACAGAAAUUCCUAGGUAUAGGUCUUCUAGACGAUCUAAGCGCGACUGCUAAGUUUGGAAUACGGCAGUUGCUAAGGUUUGCAGACUCCACAAACUGGUUUAAGGAAUAGGGGUUUUCUUUGGAUCCAUGUGGUAUCACAAUGGGCCCUGAUCGGGCCUAAGUGUGCUGGCGCCCUCUGGGCCUAGCAGCCACU